GUGAGUGUGGCCUUUUGCCCACGGAUCCUUCAGUACAGCCAGGCACUCUGUCAGGGCCAGUAUGACUACCUGGAGCAUCUGCCCGACCCCCUGCUGCUCCACAUCCUGACCCAUCUGGAGAUGGAGGACGUGGCACGACUCGGACGCACCUCACACAGGUUCAGGAAGGUGAAUGGGCCCACUGUGUGAGACUCGGUGCAUGCAUGUCUGUGGUAUGCAUUGGCAAUUAUGUACACUGUGUACUGUAUGCGAAUCCAUCCUUUUGUAACUGUACAUGGGUGUAUCUGAGUGAUAUCUAACAAUGUGUUUAUUUCCAUAUUCUCUUGAUUUAUUUUCUGUGUGAAUCUGUCCGUUUUUGCUCUUGUGUGGUUUAAACCCCUGAUGGUUAUUUAACUGAAUGAUUGACCGCAAACCCUGGUCUCUGUCCCUAACCACUGUUCUUUGUGCGUCUGUCAGCUGUGUGGUUCGUUGGUGUUCUGGGAGCUGGUGGUGCGGGGUCACUUUGGCUCAGUGUUGGCCGAGGUGGCGGCCCUGGCCUUGGAGCUGGGCUCCUGGAGCGUCUUCUUCACCAGCAAGCUGCAGAAACAGAUCAGCCGCAGGAGGAAGAGGAGCCAGCAGCAGCAACUCUGUACAGACCCAGAGAGCUACGAUGUAUACACCAUGGUGGAGCGCAGCGAGGACCCAGAGAGCAACGCUGCUGAUAUAGAGUCAGGUUCCGAGUCCGACGCUGGGCCGGAGCAGCUCUGUAAAGACAUGCGGCGCUGUUGGGUGACUGUGGGCCAGGGUCAGGGUGUGGUACAGGGGGACUCAGGUUAUGGAAGAGGAGACAGGAGCUCUAAUUCAGGCACCUUCAUUGAAAUUCGUUUUUUUGUUUGA